AUGGACUCAGUACCUGCCACUGUAUCUUCUCUCCCCGAUACCCUGGGGGACUGGGAACUUCUGGGACCCCUGUCGGUGCUCUACACAGCCUUCAUAGCCAAGCUGCUGGAGCUAGUUUCUACAUUGCCUGAUGAUGUUCAGCCUGGGCCUGAUUUUUAUGGACUGCCAUGGAAACCUGUACUUAUCACUGCCUUCUUGGGAAUUGCUUCAGUUGCUGUUUUCUUCUGGAGAACUAUCCUUGUUGCAAAGAGUAGAGUAUAUCAAGUCACCGAACAGCAGAUUUCUGAGAAGGUGAAGAUUAUUGUGAAAGAAAAUACAGAACUUGUACAGAAAUUGUCAAAUUAUGAGCAGAAGAUCGAGGAAUCAAAGAAACAUAUUCAAGAAACCAGGAAACAAAAUAUGAUUCUCUCUGAUAAAGCCAUUAAAUUUAAGGAUAAAAUCAAGACACUUGAAAAAAAUAAUGAAAUUCUGGGUGACAGAGCUAAAAAUCUUCGUGUUAUGUUAGAAUCUGAGAGAGAACAGAAUGUCAAGAAUCAGGAUUUGAUAUCAGAAAACAAGAGCUCUAUAGAGAAGUUAAAACAUGAUAUUUCCAUGAAUGCUUCAGAAUUUUCAGAGAUUCAGAUUGCACUUAAUGAAGCUAAACUUAGUGAAGAGAAAGUGAAGUCUGAAUGCCAUCAGGUUCAAGAAGAAAAUGCUAGGCUUAAGAAGAAAAAAGAGCAGUUGCAGCAGGAAAUUGAAGACUGGAGAAAAUUACAUGCUGAGCUCAGUGAGCAAAUCAAAUCAUUUGAGAAGUCUCAGAAAGAUUUGGAAGUAGCUCUUACUCACAAGGAUGACAAUAUUAAUGCUUUGACAAAUUGCAUUACACAGUUGAAUCAAUUAGAGUGUGAAUCUGAAUCCGAGGGUCAAAAUAAAGGAGGAAAUGAUUCAGAUGAAUUAGCAAAUGGAGAAGUGGCAGAUAACAUCAUCUUUUGUUUUUUAGGUGACCGGAAUGAGAAGAUGAAAAAUCAAAUUAAGCAGAUGAUGGAUGUCUCUCGGACACAGACUGCAAUAUCGGUAGUUGAAGAGGAUCUAAAAUGUUUACAAGUUAAGCUAAAAGCCUCCAUGUCCACUAAAUGUAACCUGGAAGACCAGAUAAAGAAAUUGGAAGAUGACCGCAACUCACUGCAAUCUGCCAAAGAUGGACGGGAAGAUGAGUACAGAACCCUGAGGCAGAAGGUGGAGAUUCUGAAUGAACUGUAUCAGCAGAAGGAGAUGGCUUUGCAAAAGAAAUUAAGUCAAGAAGAGUAUGAGCGACAGGAAAGAGAGCAGAGGCUAUCAGCUGCCAAUGAAAAGGCAGUUUCGGCUGCAGAGGAAGUAAAAACUUACAAGUGGAGAAUAGAAGAAAUGGAGGAUCAAUUACAGAAAACAGACUGGUUAUUUAAAAACCAGAUCAUUACCCAUGAGAAGAAAGCUCAUGAAAACUGGCUCAAAGCUCGUGCUGCAGAAAGAGCUAUAGCUGAAGAGAAAAUGGAAGCUACCAGCUUGAGACACAAAUUAUUGGAAUUAUCGCAAAAGAUGACAUUGCUUCAAAAAGAACCUGUGAUUGUAAAACAAAUGCCGAGAAGACAAAAUACAAAAAACCAUCCCCAGAGAGGUCCUGUGAGCCAAAAUGGCUCCUUUGGCCCAUCCCCU